UUCUUGUCUACAGGAAAUGAUUUUGCUACAAGAUCACAAUGUUGUACGUUGUGGAUUGUUAAUCCUGAAGAAACGCAAACUGUAUUGAUAGAACUAGUAUCUUCAUUAGAAGAAAAGGAAAAGUCCCAAGAGAACCAUUGUUAA